UGUGUGUGUGUCAGGUGAGACGCCGGUCACAGAAAGACAGAAGUCAUUAAUUCAUUUAUUCAGGUUUAUGUUCGCCGUCAAAAAACAUUCGUCACAGGAAGAAGAAACACGUCACCUGCGCGCGCUCAAAGAGAAACUUUCAGUGAAACUUUCCCGCCCACAAACAAACAAACAAACAAACAUGUCGGAGGAGGACGCGCUCACUCUGAAGGAGCUGUUGGAUUUAUCCAUCGGGACACCUCAGGCGGGCACCGUCAACUUCAGCGCCCUGCACGCGCUGCUCCUCGCCGUGCUGAGGCGGCUCGGACUCCGUGAUGUGAAGGUCCGGUGGAGGGCGUCUCCGCCCGGGGACGCCGCCUCACCGCUGCAGGUGGACGAGGACGAGGAGGAGGACGUGGAGCCCGAGCCUCAGUCCGGCUCAGAGCUCCAGGAACGGACAGGCGGACAGUCGGAGCUCUGCUCCCGCCUCCAGAGCUGCGAGGACGGCGUGUCUGAGCUCAUGAAGCUCAUACCAGAUAAUCUGAAGGAUGAAAUUAAGGAGCUCCACCACCAGCACAGUAUGCUUGUUGCUGAGACAGAGACGGCGGUCGCCGCCGUGGAGACGUGCCGCCACAGUGUGGACGACCUGAAAACGCUGCGUGACGUGGACACGAGUGUCUUUGUGACCUGGGACGUGAUGCAGUCGUCUCUGCUCGGACACAGAGGACACCUGGACGAGGACCUGGACGAGGAAGUUGUUGAUGAGGCUUCAGAGAUCAGACCCACACACACACGUCUCCACAGCACCUCUGACAGACACCACCCGUCCUCAGAGACCUGGCCUCACCAGAAGACUGAUCCUGGACCAGGACCUGUGGCUGCAGGUGUCCUGCAGCGUUACUCAGAGACGCUGGAAGCGCUGACGAAUGUCGGCAAACUGAGGGAAAAGUUCUCCGGGCUGGAAACUCGUGUGUCAGCGCUGGAGGACGGAAAAGUGGACGAGACGCAACUCCAGACCCAGCUGAGUCCACUCAGAGAGGACAGACGCGCGUCUGUAAACCACUUUACUGUGGAAGGGUUUCAGGACCUGAACAAAAACCUGAUGGAUCAGCUGAACCAGCAGAAGGUGCUGAUGGGAGGAGUCAUGAGUGACCACCAGAGGACGGUGGACGACGUUCAGCAGACGAUUGUUCAGCUUCAGGACGAGUGUGAAAAGCUGCAGGACUCGAUGAGACGUCUGUACGAGGACAGUGGACAGAAACAGCGCCACAUAGAGGAAAUGUAUCAGACGAUGCAGCAGCUGGACGAGAGGAAGGCCGACAAACACAUGGUCGAGACGGAAAUUAAGGCGGACAAAUGUGCUCUGGACGGUAAAGUGAGUCGCCGGCAGUUUGACUCUGCGACAGAGCAGCUCACCGACAUGUUCCACGAGCUGCUGAGCAAAGUGACGGGUCAGGAGCAGAACUGGCACAAGGUCGUCCACCAACUGUCCACUGAGAUGGAGUGUAAGCUGAACCGGAUCGAGCUGGACUCUGUGAAGAAGCAGCUUGAAGAUCGUUGGAAGAACAUCCACGAGAAGCUGCGGAAACAGGAAGCUCCCGAACAUGACGACGCUGCCGCCAUCAGGAAGCGCCUGGUGGACAGAUUUCACUGUCUCUCCUGUGACCGACCUGUCGUCAAACACACACCAGGACCACACUUGGUGGCGCUGCCCUCCACUCCUGGAUUCCCCUCACACAGAUCCAUGAGGCCGUUCACCGUUUAUGCUCUGGAGCAGUUUCGACAUAAUAACAGGAGUGAUCACGUCCCUGAGCUGCCAGACUACUGCCACCUGGUGGUGUCGCGGAGCUGCGGCGGGAGUCACACUGUCACAUCGGCCAACCAGCGGCGCAGCGGCGUGCAGUCCACGAAGAGCCACGCCCUCCCGGACGUAGACGUCCUUAUCCCGUCAGAGGAGGUGGACAUCAUCGGACUAGAUGGACAUAUUUACAGAGGUCGCCUGAACGCACCAUCCAUCAGAAACACAGAAACCAAACUUCCUACGAUCUUCACUAAAGAUGGCUCCAGGAUUAAACACAAAAGCAGAGGUUUUACGUCGAACAGAGCUGCUGCUUCUUCACCUGAGACUCACAACAGCCGCUCAGUCUCCAGCGGCUCGGGUCAGGACUGGCCGAUGUCGUCUCAGAGCUCCAUUGCUCGACCUGCAGCAGCUGCAGAGCAGCAGGUCGACCUGUAGGAGGCGACAGAGAGCAAGGAGCGCUCUUGACUGAUGGGUUCUAUUUUAGGAUUUUUAACUUUAACUAUUGUGAUCCACCACUUAUUAUUAUUACAAUAAUAAUAAUACUAAUAAUACUAAUAAUAAUAAUGUCAUCAAGAAACAUGAGUGUGAAUUUUUGUUUCUCCCACUUUCACCAGAUUUUUUUUCUUUUCUUUUUUAAUCAGUGAUUCUUGCAGUGUGAGACGGUUUUAAGAGACAAAGCUAAUAGAACUAAAGUAAGAGAAGAGGUGCUGACAGCACUGUGAGCGCCCCCUGCUGCUGACAACUGACAUUUAACAUGGAGGCUCGCUCUCAGUGGCAAAACGGCCACAUUUCUUCAGAAAGUGUUCACGUCUUCAUCUUACUGUGAGAGACUUUUCCAACAGGAGAGAAAAUC